AUGGCGGUCGAGAGCGGGUGUUAUUGCAGCGACAUGCACGAAGAAAAGUUCGAACAGAAAGGAUGGGAUCAGGUGAGUUCCUUCAAUGGAUUAGCUCAACAAUCCCCAGGAGUUGUUUGCAAAGGGCCACGGGUGUUGCAGAAUGAGAGAACGAAUACGAGUUUGGCCUUCUUCACGGCUCACGAGCGAAACGAGCUCAAGGGCACUUGGGGCUCGAAGUCGACCCGUCUGACCCGUGACAGUUUCCUGCCAUUUGGGAGCUGUCAACUCUGUCUACUCUCUGCGCGCGAUCCCGUCUCUUGUCCUAGCCAUGGACAUCUCUUCUGCAGGGAAUGUGCUGUUUCUAACCUGCUGGCCCAGAAUAAGGAGCUAAAGCGUCUCAGGAAGGAAGCUGAACGCCGGAAAGCCGAAGAAGCGCAGGACAAGCAAUUCGAAGAUGCCGAAGCGCAGGCUCGCGCUGUGGAAGAGUUUGAGAAGGUUCAGGCGGGGCUGAGCGUGAGAUACGGAGGUAGGGAGGGCGAGAAGAUCAUCGGCAGGAGCAAUGGCAAGAUCACGGUCGAGCAGGACGUAGAAGAUGCGCCAAAAGGCACGAAACGGAAGUUCGAGAUCGACGAGGAUGAACUUGUCCGACUGGCCAACGAGGAUCGGGAGAAGGCAAAGAAACUCAUGCACGAUGAGAAGCAGAAGCCUGAGCUACCUUCGUUCUGGACUCCAAGUCAGAUCCCUGAUAACCAGAAGAGUGAUGCGCAGUCAAUCAAGCGGCAUCCGACCUGCCCGGCAGCAGAGCCUGACAAGCCUCAUGAGUUCACGUUGAAAGGACUGGUCUCGGUCAAGUUCAGCGGAGAAAGUGCUGUGAAGGAAAGUGAUAAAGCAACACGAAGCUGUCCCAGCUGCGAAAAGGCUCUCUCGAACUCAACAAAAGCUGUCCUGGCAAAGCCCUGCGGACAUGUGCUUUGCAAGCCAUGCAGCGACAGAUUUCAGAAGGCUACUGAGAAGUCUGCGCACGAAAAGGAGCAUGAUGAGACCGUGAGGUGCUACGUCUGCCAGGAAGAUAUCACGCCAGGACGGAAUUCGAAGCGUAAGAAGGACCCUGAGACUGGCGAGAAAGAGAGCAAAGUUGAACGUGGACUGGUUGAGCUGAGCAGUGACGGGACUGGAUUCGCUGGCGGCGGAAAGAAUAUGGUUAAAAAGCAGGGCGUGGCUUUUCAAUGCUGA